GCUGCGACGACCUGUGUGGACCCUGCGUCCCCGCGUCCCCAACCAUUCCCUGCGCCCCCCGCGUCCUCGUCGGGCCCCGCGUCCUCGCGUCCCCAUGGAGCAGCUGCUGCGCACCGAGCUGCGCACCGCGACUCUGCGGGCCUUCGGCAGCCCCGGAGCGGGCUGCAUCAGCGAGGGCCGCGCCUACGACACGGACUCUGGCCCUGUGUUCGUCAAGGUCAACCGCAGGGCUCAGGCCCGGCAGAUGUUUGAGGGGGAGAUGGCCAGCCUGGAGGCCCUCCGGAGCACUGGCCUGGUGCGUGCCCCUCGGCCCAUGAAGGUGAUUGACCUACCCGGAGGCGGGGCCGCCUUUGUGAUGGAGCAUUUGAAGAUGCGGAGCUUGAGCAGCUGCGUUUCUUCUUUCCUCAGUCAGGCAUCAAAACUUGGAGACCAGAUGGCAGAUUUGCACCUUUAUAAUCAGAAGCUCAGGGAGAAAUUGAAGAAGGAGGAGAACACAGUGGGCCAGAAGGCUGAGGGUGUUGAGCCCCAGUACGUGUCCAAGUUCGGCUUCCACACGGUGACGUGCUGCGGCUUCAUCCCACAGGUGAAUGAGUGGCAGGAUGACUGGCCAACCUUUUUUACCCGUCACCGGCUCCAAGCACAGCUGGACAUCAUUGAGAAGGACUAUGCUGAUCGAGAGGCACGAGAACUCUGGUCCAGGCUACAGGUGAAGAUCCCGGAUCUGUUUGGUGGCCUAGAGAUUGUCCCUGCACUGCUCCAUGGGGAUCUUUGGUCGGGAAACGUGGCUGAGGAUGACGCCGGGCCCAUUAUUUAUGACCCGGCUUCCUUCUAUGGCCAUUCUGAGUUUGAACUGGCAAUUGCCUUGAUGUUUGGGGGGUUUCCCAGAUCCUUUUUCACUGCCUACUACCGGAAGAUCCCCAAGGCUCCCGGUUUCGACCAGCGGCUGCAGGUCUACCAGCUGUUUAACUACCUGAACCACUGGAACCACUUCGGGCGGGAGUACAGGAGCCCGACCCUGGGCACCAUGAAGAGGCUUCUCAAAUAGCGCCAGGGCACCACUGCCUGCCGGCCCGCCUGCUGAGCUAACAGCUUGGGGCAGCAAUACUGGGCGGCUUCAGAGACCAAUAAAGCCAACAGAUGGUCUCUGGGAUCA